CGAGAUCAAGAUAUUCCCUCUUUCCUGCUUACAAGUUAGCCUACCUGCCCUUUAGUCCAGACCUCUGAACCCUCCGGAUCCCAAGCACAUCUUAACUCCGACAGGAACCAGCGCGAUAUCCCAUCCUAAUCACGUCAUUGUGCUUCAUUCUCCCUGCAGCAUUACCGGGUAUUUGUCAAGAGAAUUCACCCGAGUGGCAAUCUCCUCAGACAUUCGCAAAGGAUCUAUAAAUUCGUUAAAUACACGUGAAAUCCGCCAAAUCCGCCAAACUGUCUUUCAUCACCCCAAUCCGUGUCUCACUCCCCCGGCUCAAGCUGGCAAAUCAAAGACUUUCCGCCGUCUCGCAGCAUUUCUCCACAACAAGAGACCUCAUGGCGCCCAUCACGAAAGAAUGCGAUUACCUGGUGAUUGGCGGGGGUAGUGGGGGUCUGGCAUCUGCUAGGAGAGCCAGUGCCUGGUAUGGUGCCAAGGCGAUUGCUAUCGAAGCAAAGCGAUUGGGAGGCACAUGUGUCAAUGUUGGAUGUGUGCCAAAGAAAGUCACUUGGAAUGCUGCUCAUAUUGCGGAGACGAUACACCAGGCCAAGGCAUAUGGGUUCUCUGUACAACAUACAGCUCCAUUUGACUGGAAUUCUUUCAAAAACAAGAGAGAUGCAUAUGUCACGCGUCUGAACGGUAUUUACGAGCGAAACCUCGGAAAUGACAAAGUGGAAUAUAUCCAUGGAUUUGCCCGCUUCACCGGCAAGCAAGAGGUGGAAGUCACGACAGAUGACGGAAGCAAAGUUCAAAUCAAAGGCAAGAAAAUUCUCAUUGCUGUCGGUGGUCGACCAGCGCUACCCGACCUUCCUGGGAUCGAACUGGCCCUUACUAGCGAUGGAUUCUUCGAGAUCGAGCAGCAGCCGAAAAAGGUGGCAAUCGUCGGUGCAGGAUAUAUUGCCGUCGAGUUUGCAGGCAUGUUCCAGUCGCUCGGAACCGAAACUCAUCUGUUCAUCCGCCAUGACCACUUCCUACGAACCUUCGACCCGAUGAUCCAAGAAAAGGUCACAGCCGAGUACGUGAGGCAAGGGAUCAACGUACACAAAAAUUCAGAAGCAGCCAGGAUCGAAGAUAUUGGCGGCGGCAAGAAGCGGUUCCAUUACUCCGACAAGGAUGGUGAAUCGAGCGUUGAUGUGGACGAAGUCAUUUUCGCCGUUGGUCGGAAACCCGAGAUCGAUGGCAUGGGACUUGAGAACGUCGGCCUGAAGCUCAAUGAAAAGUCACAUGUCGUCGUGGACGAGUAUCAGAACACCAAUGUCGAGAACGUCUAUGCUCUUGGAGAUGUGUGCGACAAAGGUUUCGAACUGACUCCUGUCGCCAUUGCAGCCGGUCGACGCCUUUCAGAUCGCCUAUUCGGAGGAAAGACUGAUGCCCACUUGAUCUACGAAAAUAUCCCUUCUGUGGUCUUCUCGCAUCCGGAAGUUGGUUCAAUCGGCCUGACUGAACCGGAAGCUCGGCAGAAGUUCGGCGAUGAGAACAUCAAGAUCUACUCUACUGGCUUCACUGACAUGUACUUUGCCAUGAUGGAGCCAGAAGACAAGGGGCCAACAGCAUAUAAAUUGGUGUGUGCUGGUCCUGAAGAGAAGGUGGUUGGUCUUCAUAUUAUGGGAUCUUCCAGCAGCGAGAUUCUUCAGGGCUUCGGCGUUGCUGUGAAGAUGGGUGCGACCAAGAAAGACUUUGACCAAUGUGUUGCAAUCCAUCCGAGCAGUGCAGAAGAGCUAGUUACAUUGAAGUAGUGGUCUUGGUUCGGCUUGGACUAAUAGCGUACAGACCGACCACCAAAACACUUCCCUGUUAGACUGUGACAUCCCUAUUUGAAGACAUGCUCAUAAGGGUGCUGUACGGUGAAUUCUCCUGAGUGUCAGGAUGACCAUUGUCCCAUAGAGUUAGAUGUUGCCUAGUGACUGGUUUAAUUAACUGACACUUUCACUUUAACUUUUUAUGCACUUU